AUGAUAUCUUUGGAGAGCAGGUCUGAGGUGAAGGAGUUCAUCCUAGAGCUUCAGGUUCCUCUCUUCCUAAUGUUUACCCUCAUCUACCUCCUCACCCUGGUAGGGAACCUGGGGAUAGUUGCUCUGAGUUCCUGCGACUCCCACCUCCACACCCCCAUGUACGUUUUCCUCAGUCACCUCUCUCUGGUGGAUUUUGGCUACUCCUCAGCUAUUACUCCUAAGGUGAUGGCUGGGCUCCUCACAGGCAACAAAAUUAUUUCCUACAGUGGAUGUGCUACACAGUUGUUCUUCUUUGGAGCCUUUGCUGGGACUGAAAGUUUCCUCUUAGCCUCUAUGGCCUAUGAUCGCCAUGCAGCUAUAUGCAAGCCUCUGCAUUACACUACUAUCAUGACAUCAACUGUAUGUGCACAGCUGGCCAGUGGUGCUCAUAUCUGUGGCUUUCUGACCUCCUCCAUAGUCAUAGGAAAUACCUUUAGCCUUUCCUUCUGUAAAUCCAAUGUGGUCCAUCAUUUUUUCUGUGAUAUUCUCCCUCUUCUAGUUCUCUCAUGCUCUGAUAUUCAACUCAUUCAGUCAGUAGUCUUUAUCAUAGCAUCAUUCACUGCCUUGUUCCCAUUUCUUGUCAUUUUUACCUCUUACUUGUUAAUCUUCAUCACCAUCCUGAAGAUCCCUUCUGCUGAAGGCCACCAGAAAGCCUUCUCCACUUGUGCUUCCCAUCUCACAGCAGUGUCCAUAUUUUAUGGGACAAUCAUCUUCAUGUACUUGCAACCCAGUUCAAGCCAUUCAAUGGACUCAGACAAAAUGGUCUCAGUGUUCUAUACCACAGUCAUCCCCAUGUUGAACCCUCUGGUCUAUAGUCUGAGGAACAAAGAUGUCAAGAAUGCUUUUAGGAAAGCUGUGAGGAGACAACGACUUCAGUUGGAUCAUCUUCUUUCUUAG